ACACAUAUGCUAAGACAUUUGCUGAAAUAUUAUGUUUACAUUUUUCAUCUUGCUGGAACUUUUGUGAACUUUUAAAAGUUGGUGUACAUUGUUUCUGACCGGAGGAGAUUAUUGUAUGCACAACCGGAAACACGUGUAGACUGCAGUUCGAUCAUCAACAUGGGGCGACCAAGGAGGUCUGUGAGUCGGAAAAAGCCUCGAACAAAGGAAGAAUAUGACAGUGAUGACCCCUUGGCUUACAAGGACAUGCCCGUCCCUGACAAGAAGUCCUCUCAGUAUUUCCAAGAUGAAGUCGAUGAUUUCCACGAAGAGAAGCAUAAGAAGCUCAUGGCAAGUGGAGUUGAAUUUGACAGCGACCCAGAAGAUAUUGCUGAUGAGGAGGAGGUGAUGGGUCUGGAUCUGACAGACUCUGAGGAGGAGGAAGACAUGGACAGCGACCUGGAACAGAAAAGGGAUGAAGAUCUUCCCAAUGAGCAGGCCUGGGGGCUCCAGAAGAAGGUAUUCUACGACACAGACUACGUGGAUUCCAAGAAGAAGACCCAGCAGGAGGCUGAAGCAGAGGAGGAGGAGGAAGAGCAGGAGGCCAAAAGCAUCCAGAGCAGACUGGUGGGGCAGCUGAGCGAGGAGGACUACGAUCUGCACCUCCUGCAGGAGUUCUCCACAGAGCAGGAGGCUGCGAAGAAGCCUGAGAAGGAGGAGCUGAUUGUCAAGGACCUGAAGAAGAUGAGCCACAAGGAGAAGAUGAAGCUGCUCAAGAAAGAGUCCCCAGAGCUGCUAGAGCUCAUCCAGGACUUCAAAGACAAGCUGACUGAGCUGAAAGAUGAGCUGCAGCCUCUGCUGGACAUGGUGAAGGAGGGGAGAAUUCCCCCUGGAAAGGGGGCUGACUAUCUGCAGACCAAACACCAGCUCUAUCUGAAUUACUGCACAAAUGUAAGUUUUUAUUUAGUUCUGAAGGCCAGGAGAAUCGCCGUGCACAACCAUCCUGUGAUCGAGAGGCUGGUAACUUACAGGAAUCUAAUCAAUGAUUUGGGAGGCGUGGAUGCCAAGUUAUCAUCAGAAAUCCGCCUGCUGCUUAGCGAAGCACAGCAUGGCCAGACCAACAGAGCGGUGAAGGAGAAAGGAAAGAAUCCACAGAGGAGCGAACGAAAGGCAGAGAAGCGGGCGACUGUGUCAUCUCAGCCUGCAGGGGGUGAUGCUGGUUCUGAUCUGGACGAGGAGGCGGCUCUGCAUUACUACAGGGAGGCGGAGGAGAAGGUGAAACUGAAGAAGAGGAAGAAGGGGCAGGAGGAGGAGGGAUUGGGAGUGGAAGCUGAAGAGGAACUGGCUCCAGAUGCAAAGAGAGCCAUCACUUACCAGAUCGCCAAAAACAAAGGCCUCACUCCUAAGAGGAAGAAGAUUGACCGGAACCCCAGAGUCAAGCACCGUGAGAAAUUCAGACGUGCCAAGAUUCGCAGAAAGGGCCAGGUUCGGGAAGUGCGCCGGGAGGAACAAAGAUACGGAGGAGAAUUAUCUGGCAUCCGCGCUGGAGUUAAGAAGGGUGUUAAGCUUAAAUAAUGAUGUCAUCCAUGUGAUGUGGGUAUUAUUUUAUUGUCUGUUUUUCAGCACCAUACUGUUAAAUAAAAAUUACAUUUAA